AUGCUUCAGCUCAUCUCGGCAGCCACCCUCUUCCUUACGCAACUCGCACACGCUGCGGUGCUAGCCAUCCCGGUCACACACCCUCUUCCUCUCGUCUACACAUUCGACGCACAAAUCACUGCAGCUGGCCAUGGCGCCGAGAUUCAGGGAACUCAGGCGGCGGGAGAUGAGGCUAGACGGGUGUUCGCCACCCGAGAUGAGCCAGCGAGUGGGAUCAGCGGAGGCGCUAUUGGCGGUAUCAUUGCAGCCGUCUUUAUCGUCCUGAUCAUCGGUACCCUCCUCAUCGUCAGGUCCCGUCGAACCGGCCAAGGCCCGCAAGCGAUCAGCCGCCCCACCUUCCUCCAUCACCCGCCGAAAGCCCCUAUCUACCCCCAUCCCCAAGCCUACGUUGGGCAGUACUCUCCUCCUCCCGCCUACAGCCACCCUGCCCAGCAGCAACCCUACUACCCUGCCAUUCAGCAUGGCCAAGUGCAGAUGCCCCAGACGGUCCACCUGGGUACGAGGGGCAGCUACUACAUGCCGGCUGUGCAGCAGCAGCAGCAGCAGCAUAUGACAGAGGAGCAGAGGGGAGUGAGGUUCGGGCUUGUUGGGACAUCGACACCCCAGCACAUAUCGUACCACCUGCGCGAUCGGCAUACGAAAUCUAGCGGUCAUGGCAACUCGUCUCUUUACUUCCCGGUUACGCUUCUUCCUGCCUAUCGUGACGACCUCCAUGACGACGACCAACGAUUGCGCCAGGCUCCUUUCCGACGUACCGGACCGACGUGUUGUGGAGGAGGAUGGUCCAGAGUGUCUGAAGACGGGGGCUUGGUGGAGCGAGGGGCUCAAUCCGGAGGGUGA